AUGUCUUCCUUAGAAGCCUACCAAAGCGAUUUCAUAACAACGUGCCUCUCAAAUGGAAUACUUAAAUUUGGCUCAUUCACUCUCAAGAGCGGCAGGACAUCGCCAUAUUUCUUCAACGCAGGUGAUUUGUCGACGGGCGAAUUGGUGCUGAUGACUGCGCGAGCAUAUGCAUCGGCGAUUAUCGCGAGCGGCGUGCAGUUCGAUAUGUUGUUCGGACCGGCGUAUAAGGGAAUUCCGUUGGUGGCUGCUACAGCACUCAUCCUCCAGUCAGAACACAGCAUCAACGUACCUUUCGCAUUCGACAGGAAGGAGGCAAAAACACACGGCGAAGGCGGCAAUAUCAUCGGCGCUCCCUUCAGAGGCAGAGUGUUAGUGCUUGACGAUGUCAUCACUGGUGGGACCUCCAUCAGACACUCAAUCGAGCUUAUUAGGAAGGCGGGUGAUUGUGCUCAAUUUGCAGGCGUAGUCGUCAGCCUUGAUCGCCAGGAGAAAGGCAAAGGGGAAAAGUCAGCAAUCCAGGAAGUUGAAAGUGAGGAAGGUGUCAAGGUUUUUAGCGUGAUUGGUAUGAAUGAUAUCAUCAAGUACCUCGAGGAGACCAGAAAUGGCCAAGAAAACAUCAUCAAGCAGAUGAUGGAGUAUAGGAAUGUCUAUGGAUUCGCGUCCCUCACUGCGAAACAACUCGAGCAGGUUGCGCCAAAAACAUCAAGUUGCAGUGAAGCGAGCUAUAUGGAGGAAUGCGCGACAAGCGAUGUGGCUUCGGAGAGGCUGACUGAGGCCAUCGAACAGCACAAUACCAUCGCGAAUGAGAGUGCAGCCAUCAUCGCUUGGCAAUUGAAUGAGUCUUUGGAAUAUCGUUACAACAUUAAUCACUUCAGCAAUGACCAAAAGAAGCACAACCCAGGCCAAGGCACGCGUUGCAUGGCCAACUCAGAGUUCAUUGUGGGGUAUGUUUCAGCACAUGAAGAUUUGCGCGGAGAGGCGACAGUUGAUUUGGGGGGAAAUUUGAGCGAUGAGGAGAAGGAUAGCGUGUUAGAUUUAGUACUAGAUGACUCACACACCUACGACGUUGCAUUUUGGUUCUACGACACACAAUGUACAGACAGCGUGAAAAAUCAAGUUAGAAAGGGAGGAAUGGGCGGAUUAGAUGCAUUCAUGCAGCAAUGCGUAGGUGGACCCACACCUCAGAAGAUAUACGAAUACUUUGAUUUGCUUGUUGAUGUACUUUGA